AUGGCAGAUCUUGAGUCUUUGCUAGAGUACAAUCAAAUUGUUAAUCAGAUGUUCAAUAGUGAAGUUCAAGGAUUUCAAUUUUAUAAUGCAUAUGCUCUUAAGAAAGAAUUUAGUGUGAGGAGGAGCUAUGCUGAGUGGGACGCUGGCCACAAUGAGCUGACCCUUCGGAAGUUUGUUUGCAGUCGUGAAGGUUUCCGUGAAGCGAAGCACAUGAAAAGGGAGGAUAAGCAGCGGAGGCCACGAAAUAUAACUCGUGUUGGAUGUCGUGCAAAAUUUGUGAUGGCACCACAAAGGAACAUGGGGCAGUGGAGCAUGACUGAUGAGCAAGGGCAUCUGGUGGGACUGUUCUGGUGUGAUACUCAGUAUCUGCUUGAUUAUGCAGCAUUUGGUGAUGUCGUUGUAUUUGAUAGCACCUACAAAACAAAUCGGUACAACCUGCCUCUUGUUCCUUUUGUUGGGACAGCAAUUAGAAUAGUGUUGCCGAAUUCAUCACAAAGGCUUUGUGGAUGGCAUAUUGAGCAAAACCUUGUGCGUAAUGUUCACAAUGACAAUUUGAAGGAAGCGUUCAGGGUCUUUAUGUAUGACUGUUGCUCCAUAAAAGAGAUUGACAGGAAAUGGCUGGCAUUCCUGGCAGAGAAUGAGGUUCCAAGGGACUCGUGGCUUUAUCAGAUGUAUGAGGUGAGGAAAAUCUGGUGUGCUGCGUAUCAUGUGGGAAAGUGCUAUUUAGGAUUGAGGAGCAACCAACGGAGUGAUAGCAUGAACGCUAGGCUUCAGAUGCAACUAGAUGGUAAAAUGACAAUGUUAGAAAUAGUAGAGCACUAUGAGACCUGCCUUUCAAGGGUGCGCAAAAAUGAGGCGGAUGAUGAUAUUGAAGCCUUGCAAACUGAGCCAUUCACAGCUCCAGAUGCUUCAAUUCUUGAGAUAGAUGCGAAGAAAAGGUUCACACCUAAUGUUUUUGUGUUGGUGCAGUUUAGCAUAAAAGCAGGCAGCAAGUGUCAUCUCCUUGAGGUCCUAGAUGGUGAUGAUACAGAAGAGUAUAUUGUUGGCAGGAAGGACAAAGGAGACAUCAUGAUAUAUGUCAAAUGUGAAUUUAAUGAAGAGGGCAAUCCGAAGGGGAUUUCAUGUUCUUGUCGUAAGUUGGAAUCCCUUGGUACCCCCUGCUCACACAUCUUCUUUGUAUUGGGCCAUCGGGGAGAACGCAAGCUGCCAGACUGCUGUGUUUUGGAAAGGUGGACAAUGGGGGGGAAGAGUGCAUUCCCACCGAUAAGGAAGAGCACCAUGUACGAGUAUUCUGCAACUCUACUGAGGUACCGUGACCAAUGCAAUAUCAGUCGUGCUGCAUCCUUCUCAGCAUCUCGUUCAACUGAAGCAUAUGAACUUCUCAGAGGCGCCCUUCAGGAAGCAGCUAUGACACAGCCAACUGUAUGGACCGAUGCUGCCACAAGCCCCGGAGGCUGA